CCCACCCGGAUGGCAGGCAUCACGUGUUGUCGGCGCCAUGGAGGCCUGGAGAUGCUCGCUGUCCCCCUGCCCCUCCUCCCGGCCCUCCAGCCCCGGCUCUCCACCCUGUGAGUUGCAGAGGGAUGUGGGCAUUGAGGCCGUGCUGGACCAACUGAAGAUCAAGGCCAUGAAAAUGGGGUUCGAGUUCAACAUCAUGGUGGUGGGGCAGAGCGGGUUGGGCAAGUCGACCAUGAUGAACACCCUCUUCAAGUCCAAGGUCUGGAGGACCCCCCUGACGGGCGUGGAGAUGACCACCGCCCAGACCCUGAAGCUACAGUCCAUGACCCACAUCAUAGAGGAGAAGGGCGUAAAACUCAGGCUGACGGUGACAGACACACCGGGCUUCGGGGACCAGAUCAACAACGACAAGUGCUGGGAGCCCAUCCUGGGCUACAUCCACCAGCAGUACGAACAGUACCUCCAGGAAGAGCUGCUCAUCACACGCCAGCGCCACAUCCCUGACACACGCGUGCACUGUUGCAUCUACUUCGUGCCGCCCACCGGGCACUGCCUGCGGCCCCUGGACAUUGAGUUCCUGCAGCGGCUGUGCCGCACGGUGAAUGUCGUGCCCGUGAUCGCUCGUGCCGACAGCCUGACCCUGGAAGAGCGGGACUCCUUCAGGCGCAGGAUCCAGCAGAACCUGCAGACUUACCGCAUCGAAGUGUACCCCCAGAAGUGCUUAGACGAGGAUUUCAACGACAAGAUUCUCAACAGCAAGAUCCGGGAACGGAUCCCCUUUGCCGUGGUGGGGGCUGACCGGGAGCACAUGGUGAACGGCAAGUGUGUCCUGGGCCGGAAGACGCGGUGGGGCAUCAUUGAAGUGGAGAACAUGGCGCACUGCGAGUUCCCCCUGUUGCGCGACCUGCUCAUCCGCUCCCACUUCCAAGACCUCAAAGACAUCACCCACAACGUGCACUACGAGAACUACCGCGUGUGCCGGCUCAACGAGAGCCACCUGCUGCCUCGGGGACCCGGCUGGGUGAACCUGACGCCGCCCGCGCAGGCCUCCCCGGGCGCCUCCCCGGGCACCUCCCCGGGCGCCUCCCCCGCUGUCUCCCGCUACGCCCCUGCCCGCGCCCUUGCCCGCGCCCCUUCCCGUCAUCUGAAGGACGAACGGGACCGCAGCCACCACAAACCCGUCUGUGGGAAACGCUCUGGGUGCAACAUGGGGACCUUGGUGGCUGGGUCUCUGUCCCUGGCCGCUGCACAUGACCAGCCCAUCCACCCUGGUCCCAGUGCCCUCUUCUCCGACAAUUGA